CGGCACAUCUUCGCGCAUUAUUCGUUGGAUCUUCGACGAAGGUUGUCGUGUAGUUGUUAGCUGAGGCUCCAUUACUUGCUUUCGCCAACUAUCGACCGACCAAGUCUGACGAAUUCUUCUUAGAUUUUUAUCAUCGAAAACUAAAAUCUCAAAAUGCGUGAAUGUAUCUCAAUCCACGUUGGACAAGCUGGAGUACAGAUUGGUAAUGCUUGCUGGGAGCUGUAUUGCUUGGAACAUGGCAUUCAGCCCGAUGGUCAGAUGCCAUCUGACAAGACUAUCGGAGGUGGCGAUGACAGCUUCAAUACUUUCUUCAGUGAAACUGGUGCAGGCAAACAUGUACCACGAGCAGUUUUCAUCGAUUUGGAACCUACUGUUGUUGAUGAAGUCCGCACAGGCACAUACCGCCAGCUAUUUCAUCCAGAACAAUUGAUCACGGGUAAGGAGGAUGCUGCGAACAAUUAUGCUCGUGGUCACUACACAAUUGGCAAGGAAAUCGUUGACCUCGUUCUGGACCGUAUCCGAAAACUGGCAGAUCAAUGUACUGGAUUACAAGGUUUCCUCAUCUUCCACUCCUUUGGAGGUGGCACUGGAUCAGGAUUCACGUCUCUCUUGAUGGAACGAUUAUCUGUCGAUUAUGGAAAGAAAUCCAAAUUAGAAUUUGCCAUUUAUCCAGCUCCUCAAGUCUCUACCGCCGUAGUUGAACCAUACAACUCGAUCUUAACUACGCAUACCACGCUCGAACAUUCCGAUUGCGCAUUUAUGGUUGAUAAUGAGGCUAUUUACGAUAUUUGCCGUCGUAACUUGGACAUCGAGAGACCCACAUAUACCAACUUGAAUCGUUUGAUCGGUCAGAUCGUUUCCUCGAUCACUGCCUCCUUACGAUUCGAUGGUGCGCUCAAUGUCGAUCUAACUGAAUUCCAAACCAACUUGGUACCCUAUCCAAGAAUUCAUUUCCCAUUGGUAACAUACGCACCGGUUAUUUCUGCGGAGAAGGCGUAUCACGAACAACUCAGCGUCGCAGAAAUUACAAACGCUUGUUUCGAGCCAGCCAAUCAGAUGGUAAAAUGCGACCCACGACACGGAAAGUACAUGGCUUGCUGUAUGUUGUACAGAGGUGAUGUUGUUCCAAAGGAUGUAAAUGCUGCUAUUGCCACUAUCAAAACCAAACGCACGAUUCAAUUCGUUGAUUGGUGUCCGACUGGAUUCAAGGUUGGAAUAAAUUAUCAGCCACCAACUGUCGUACCCGGUGGAGAUUUGGCCAAGGUACAACGUGCUGUCUGUAUGUUGUCCAACACAACGGCCAUUGCUGAGGCAUGGGCACGUCUCGAUCAUAAAUUCGAUCUUAUGUAUGCCAAGAGAGCAUUCGUUCACUGGUACGUUGGUGAGGGUAUGGAAGAAGGUGAGUUCUCCGAAGCACGUGAGGAUCUUGCAGCUCUCGAGAAGGAUUACGAGGAAGUUGGUAUGGAUUCUGCUGAAGGUGAAGGAGAAGGUGCUGAGGAAUAUUAAAUUUGCACCUAAAAGAAAACUUUCCAUUUGCUUAUAGGGCGUACAAGUUUUUCCUUAUGCAUGUUCAGUCCCACAGCAUUUGAUCGAAAGAUACGAAAAUAAAAGCAGAUCUAAAAAAACAA